AUGGAUCGCUCUCGACACCGUGCAGGAAAUGGCAAUGAGCAGGCAUCUUCACGAGAGCAUAGCCAUGGUGAAGAUGAAAGACAACGACAGCUGGAGCGCCUCAAUAGGGAGGAGGCCUAUUACCAGUUCAUUAACGAACUCAAUGAAGAAGACUACAGGUUAAUGAGAGAUCGAAACCUGCUUGGCACUCCUGGAGAAAUAACAGCAGAAGAGUUGCAGCAACGCUUGGAGGGGGCUAAGGAGCGUUUGGCGUCACAGGCUGAUAUGGAUAACAGGGAAGAUUCUGAUGUUCUUGGAGAAAAUUCAAAUGGUGACUCCUUGCUUGAAUGGCUGAACACUUUUCGUCGUACUGGAAAUGCCACUCGCAGUGGACAGAGUGGAAACCAAACCUGGAGAGCUGUGAGUCGAACAAAUCCAAACAGUGGGGAGUUUCGAUUUAGUCUUGAAAUCAACAUAAACCAUGAGCAUAACAGUUUUGAAAGUACUGGUGAGGACUAUGCGGGUAUAGAUAGUAGCAGAACAUAUUCAGAAAGAAGACAUCAAAGAGCUGUCAGUCCAGUAACCAUACGAACAAGGAGCAGGACUGCAAGAGAGGCAAACAGUGCAAUGUCAAGCACUGCAAGGACCAGGUCUCUAAGGAGUUCCAUGGCACAAAGCUCUGAAACAGCCUCUCAUCCAGUCUCAGGGAGGCUCAGGAGUAGAACAAGGGAGUUGAUGGGCCAUUCGCAGACUAAUGCUGCACAUAAUAAUUCUGCAGCUGCUGGUGAGCAAAGAGUAAUGCCAGAAAGAGGUAACUCUACAGGAGGCCAAAGAGGUAGAGCUAGAACUAAUGUUCGGAUGAGUACAAACCAAAGACUAGAAAUUCUGCGGCUGCGGUCUACUUUAAGUAGUCGAAGUCGCUCUCCACUGCGAAGGCAAGGUGAUGCUGCUCAUUCUGAGGAAUAUGGACAGAGGUGGGAUAGAAACACACCACAAGUCAACAGAAGCAGAAGACAAACAGCUCAGCAUUCUCCACAGCCUGUUGAAGAACAAGCAAGAGGUGACACCCAGACUCCUCAACCUUCCAAUGUAGCCCCAUCCUUGGGAAUAACUUCGGAAGAGGAAGAAUCUAGUAGGCCAGUAGCUGCUGUUAGAAGGCAUCCAACAAUUACAUUAGAUCUUCAGGUGAGAAGAAUUCGUCCUGGAGAAAACAGAGAUCGGGACAGUAUUGCCAGUAGAACUCGUUCUAGAGUAGGAAUGGCAGAGAACACAGUUACCUUUGAAAGUGACAGUGGAGGAUUUCGGCGUACAAUAUCCCGGUCAGAACGUGCAGGCAUUCGAACCUACGUUAGCACUAUAAGGAUACCUCUUCGUCGGAUUUCAGAAACUGGGCUCGGUGAACCUUCAUCAGUGGCUCUUCGAUCGAUCCUUAGACAAAUCAUGACAGGCUUUGGGGAACUGAGUUCAUUAAUGGAAACUGAAUCUAACUCAGAAGUGCAGAGGGGUGGUCAUCCCUUACCAGAUGUACAGUCAGAACAGAAUACCUCAAGUUCAGCCAACAAUAGCAGUGAUCCAAGUGAGGUUUCAUCUAGAAAUGGACAUGCAGUAGAAGGCAGCAGGGCAUUGAAUGGACGUAGUGAUGAUAGUCGACGUUACAGUCGCAGUAAUGAACACCACCAAGAUAACAGGCAGUCUCAAGAUGCUAACAACCUAGUGGAAAAUGGAACGCUGCCCAUACUUCGGCUUGCCCACUUCUUCUUGCUGAAUGAGGAUGAUGAUGACGAUCGCUUAAGAGGUUUAACCAAAGAGCAGAUUGACAAUCUUUCUACUCGGAACUAUGGGGAUAUUCACACUGAAAAUGAACUAAGUAAAACCUGUAGUGUUUGCAUUAAUGAGUAUGUAGCAGGGAAUAAGCUAAGGCAGUUACCCUGCAUGCAUGAAUUUCACAUUCAUUGUAUUGAUCGCUGGCUUUCUGAAAACUCUACUUGCCCAAUUUGCCGGCAGCCUGUGUUGGGGUCUAAUGCCACAGACAAUGGCUAGAAUUACUUGUACUGUUCUGUACUCAAGGAUUUGCU